AUGGCUCUAGACGACCCUCGAGUGAUAUGGAUUCGAAACAGAGUGUGCUCCUCUUUUUACCUACCCGACCUAAAAUGCUUCGAAGAAUUGCUUGGUCGUGGCGAUGGGGAAGAGGAGCAGAAAAUAAUACAUUUUCUAAAUGUAGUUACCGAGGAGGAGACAACAUCGACUCUACUUUUCUUUAAAGGGAUACGAGAAGAAGAAGUCGAAGUCGUCGUCCCAGCUGAGCGACACAAGGGUAGACCAUCUGAGGCCUCUCACUCACCAGAGACACAGAAAAGAGAGUCUCCUCACCCUGAAGAUGACUUCCAUUCUCAGGAUCUUGCAGUAAAGGGAACGUCAGACAUCACUGAUCUGAAGGAACCUCCAUGUGAUAGGAUAGAGGUCCGAGUUGUGUACCACGUGGAACUGCAUGUGGCAGUGAACCAGGUCCCUGAGAGAUUCAUGAAGUCAAAUGUUCUCUACUUUCUCAGGAAUACUAAAGAGACCAUUAAUGAGCCAGUGGACACAAAUGAAGCAAACAAUUUAAUGCCCCAGUUUCUGGAGAUGGGAAUGUUGAAUGGUCACUCCUUACUGAUGCUUAGGGACGUCAUCAGCUAUGUGUACAUACCAUUGCUCUCUGUCAACCAGCUUAAGCUGACUGAUGGUGGCUAUUACCAGGGCGCACAAGUGCCUCAGGACGGGGACAAAGACAGGGGCGAGUCAAAGCAGCAGGGGGAGGGGCCACUGGUGGAGUCUCAAGGGAUGUUUAUGAUCAGGGAUGAGCUGCUCAACAGUACACACAAGUUUCUGGGUCACAUAGACAGAACCAUGCAGCAGCUUAGCAGUGAGAUUAAACUGCACAUCCCUGAGAUUGACUUGGAGCCCAAUGAGGAGGAGCUUCUGUCUUCGCCAGAUGUGAUACAAAAACUAGAGCAGUGUGUAAUGAACUGGCAGGCUCAGAUCACCAUCGUUAUCGAGGAACAAAUGAAGAAGAAACCACAGGGGCCCGGGCCCAUUGCUGAAGUGGAUUUAUGGCGUGAACGCUCUGCUGUUCUGAGUGCCUUAAGCGAACAGUUAAAGCUCCCCGUGGUGGAGAAGAUUAUGAACGUUGUGGCUGCGGCUGAACCAGUGGCCAUGCAGAACUUGGAAAUGAGAAUGACUGAACUGACCCGAUACUACAUAGAGUCCAAGGACAACGUGCGUUUCCUCGGUACUCUGGAGAGACAGCUGAAGAACCUGGCCACUGCAGUUGAUUUUAGUGUGAUUCUUGACACCAUUCCGGCUCUGAUGAACAACUUGCGCAUGGUGUGGAUCAUAUCUAGCCAUUACAACACUGAUGAGAGGAUGGUGCCUCUGAUGGAACGCAUUGCCUGGGAGAUAAGUGAACGUGUUGCUCGAGUCGUCGACGUUCAUGUUCUCUUCAAAGACAAGAGGGAGGUCGCUAAGGCCAAGACCUGGGAUGCUAAACAGGUCCUGGAAAUGUGGAAGAGUUCCUAUUUUGAAGUGCGAGCUAAGUUGGAGACAUCAGGCAGGGGCGCUCGUUGGGAAUUUGAUCGGAAAAAGCUCUUUGAGAAGACAGACUACAUGGCCUCCAUCUGCCAGGACCUAUACAACAUCCUAGAGACCAUUGAGGAGUUCCAUAAUAUCUUUGGGCCUGAGCUGAAGGCAGUGACUGGAGACCCCAAACGCAUAGAUGAGGUUCUUCAUCGGGUUAACUGUCUGGUGGUGCCAAUAGAGACGCUAAGCUUUGACCCCUUUAACGUUCGCAAGAUAAACAGUUGGAAGAUGGUCAUGAUGGACUUCAAGAACAAAGUUCAGGCGAUUGAAGGAGAAGCCAUCAAAUUCAUUGACCAGUCUUUCAAGUCUCUGCGUUCAGCCGCUGCGGCCUUUGACCUGUUGCUCAAGUUCAAACAUAUCCGUACCCGGGAGACCAUAAACAAUCAGAUGAUGAAGAAGUUCAAUGACAUUUUAGCCCAAUACUGCAAAGAGGUGGACAUAAUAAAUGACAUGUUUCUGAGGCACAAAGAUAACCCUCCUCUGGAUAAAAACCAGCCGCCAGUCGCCGGUGCCAUCCACUGGGAACGCUCGCUGUUUCAGCGCAUCAAGUACACUAUUGUCCGCUUUCUGGAGGUUCCCGAAAUGAUGGAGACCGAGGAAGGGAAAGCGACCAAGGCCAAGUAUCUGGAGGUAGCAAAACGAAUGAGAGACUAUGAAACGAAGCUCUAUGAGCGAUGGAAAGAGGAAACUGAGCAGAACAUGCCCCUGUUGAUGAACAGGAAUCUGUUGCUUGGGAUCAACAGCACAGGGGAUGAUGAGGGACAUUUGGAAAAGGGAAUGCGGUAUAUGGUGGACUUUGCUCCAGAGCUGAAGGAGGUCGUGGCUGAGACUAAGUAUCUGGAGCAGCUAGGCUAUGCUUUGCCUUCACUAGCCUUUAAUUUUGCUGUACAGGAGGACAAGCUUCUCAGGUAUUUGAGUGACUUGAAUAACCUGGUGAACCGCUACCAUACCUUAAUGGACAGUCUGAACGACGUUGAGUUCAUCAUACUCUCUGAAAAGAUUAAGGAGCUCAGGAGGGUCCUGCGUGCAGGCUGCAAAAGGCUCAGCUGGAGCUCUCUGGCCAUUUCAGAAUUCAUUAAAAAAGGUAACCAAGCAGUCUCGGCUUUUGAGAUGGUUAUGUACCAAAUUCAGAACAAUGGAGAAGAACUCAACACCAUUCUUCAGGUCAUUGAGUCAACAAACUUAUUCAAGUUCCCAGCUCCACCUAAAACUGGUGACUUACCAGGGGUGAAGGAAUUCUGUGAGUUGAUUGCGAGGCAGCGGGCCAAGGACGUGUGUGUCCUCAGCAUGAAAUACACAUCCGUAAAAACCUGCCUCUCCAGCAUCGAGAGUCUGAUCGUCCAGACAUGCACCGGCAAAGCCAAAUGCAUGGUUCCAUACUACGCUUACUGCGAGCGAAAGAUUUUUGACUCUCUCACCAAGAUGAUCCUUAGGAACCUUCAGGCUUUUAACGUGGCCUUGAUGGGGGACACUCCGCUGUUCCAAAUCGAGACGGCCCUGUCGGCCCCUGAAAUUGUGCUGCACCCCAAAAACAGUGAGGUGUACAAGCUGAUUAUGCAGUGUGUGCGAGACUGUGUGGAGAGUACCAAGUCGUUUGUGCGGUGGAUGCAUGGGACGUGCAUCGAAUGCCCCCCACAGCGUGUGGAGGGAGAGGACAAGCUGAUGGUCCUGAGUUUCUACAAUGACAUUUGUCAGCUCCCCCUGGUGAACGAACGCGCCACGGCCAUCUCUCAGUCCGUGCAUCGCCUGCUCAACUCCGUGAGCCGCUACCUGAACAGCUGGAAGCGCUAUCGGCCUCUCUGGAAGAUGGACAAAGCCAUCGUCAUGGAGAAGUUUGCGGCCAAGAAGCCGUCGUGCGUCAUGUACGACGAGAAGCUGCAGUUCUACGCCUCCGUCAGCCGGGAGGUGGCGCAGCAUGCUCUGGUGAAGGACGAACACAUCAUCAGGCUGAACCUAGCACCGCUGGCCUGUUCCGUGCUGGAGAACGCCCAGGCCUGGGUCACUUCUCUGGGACGGCUCCUCAACGAGUCGGCCAAAGAGAACCUGUUCGGCCUGCGUGCUGAACUGAAGCAACUAUCAGACAAUUUGAAGAAGAGCCCAGACACUCUACAGGACCUGAAGUUUGUCCUUGCCACGGUCUCGGACAUUCGGAAUAUGUCACUAACUGUGGAGCUGAGAAUUGCCGACAUUCAGGAACGCUAUAGAACCAUGGCCCUGUACAACGUAGAGACUACAGAGGAAGAGCUGGAGUUGGCUGCUAACAUUGGCAACAUCUGGAGUGAACUAUUUGCUGAAGCCAAACAAGUGGAUUACAGCCUUACCACAGUAAAAAAGACUUUCACUGAGAUCACCAAACAGCAGGUGGAGGAGUACAAACAGGAGCUGGUCAUCUUUGCUGAGAGCUUCAACAUGCACGGCCCAGGUGCUGUCGGAGAUAACCUGGAAAGGGGACUGACAGUGCUGGAAACCUAUGAGAUGGAGUUAAUGAAGAUAGAAGCCACCCGACAUGAGCUGGCCAAUGCAGAGAAACUGUUUGACCUGUCAGUUACGAUGUACCCUGAACUGCUGCACGUGCAGAAGGAGAUGAAAGGCCUGAGGCAGAUCUAUGACAUUUACAGAGCUCAGAAGGCUGCUAAAACAGAAUGGUCUCAGACUCUGUGGGCAAACCUGAACAUCCAGCUGCUGCAGGAAGGCAUUGAAGGCUUCAUCAAGAGCCUGCGCAAGUUACCCAAAGACGUGAGAGCGAUGCCUGUGGCCUUCUUUCUCGACGGACGCAUGAAGGAGUUCAAAGAGUCUCUGCCUCUUCUGUUAGACCUGAAGAAUGAGGCCUUGAGAGAGAGACACUGGAAGGAGCUUAUGGAGAGGACCAGCACCAGCUUUGACAUGAAUCCAGACACUUUCACUCUGGAAAAUAUGUUUGCCAUGGAGCUGCACAAGUACGGCAGCGUCAUCAGUGACAUUGUAACCUCAGCGGUCAAAGAACUCAGCAUUGAGAAGGGUGUAAAGGAGGUGGUAGAGACCUGGGAGAACAUGAAAUUCACCGUGCAGCGCUACUUCAAAGGAACGCAGGAGCGAGGCUCUGUUCUGGGAUCAGUGGAUGAGAUUAUGCAAAACCUGGAUGACAGCGCCAUGAAUUUACAGAGCAUGGCCGGCAGCCGCUUUGUGGGGCCCUUCCUGGCCACCGUACAGCAGUGGGAGAAGAACCUGUCACUCAUUAGUGAAGUCAUUGAGGUGUGGAUGUUAGUGCAGCGUAAGUGGAUGUACCUGGAGAGCAUUUUCAUUGGAGGGGACAUCCGUGCCCAGCUACCAGAGGAGGCCAAAAAGUUUGACAACAUUGACAAAAUGUUCAAGAAGAUUAUGACGGAUACGACUAGGGACCCGGGCAUCAAGAAGUGCUGCCUGGUCCCGAACCGUUUGACAGACCUGCAGAGCCUGAGCGAUGGACUGGAACGCUGUCAGAAGAGCCUGAACGACUAUCUGGACUCAAAACGCAACGCUUUCCCACGGUUUUUCUUCAUCUCUGAUGAUGAGCUGCUCAGCAUUCUGGGUAGUAGUGAACCCACUGCCGUACAAGAGCACAUGAUCAAGAUGUACGACAACAUCGCGUCUCUGCGGUUUGAUGUCGGGGGGAACGGUGAGACGGUGGCGGGGGCACUGGUUUCUGCGGAGGGGGAGGUGAUGGACCUCAGACAGCCUGUGCCAGCAGAGGGCAGAGUGGAGGAGUGGAUGACUGCGGUUCUACUGGAAAUGAGGAGGACAAAUCGACUCAUUACAAAGGAAGCCAUCUAUAACUAUGAACGCCACAAGAGCAGGGUGGACUGGAUGUUGGACUAUCAGGGAAUGGUUGUACUGGCUGGAAACCAGAUAUGGUGGACCUGGGAGGUGGAGGAUGUCUUCAACAGAGUCAAGAAAGGUGAUAAACAGGCACUGAAAAACUACGCCAAGAAGAUGCAUCAGCAGAUCGACGACCUGGUGAAACGCAUCACGCAGCCUCUAAAGAAGAACGACCGACGCAAAAUCAACACCGUUCUCAUCAUAGACGUCCACGCCCGAGACAUUGUAGACAGCUUUGUUAGGGACAGUAUUACAGAUGCCCGUGAGUUCGAGUGGGAGAGUCAGCUUCGAUUCUACUGGGACAGAGAGCCCGACGACCUGUUUGUGCGCCAGUGUAGCGCUCAGUUCUCCUAUGGCUACGAGUACAUGGGGCUGAAUGGUCGUCUGGUCAUCACCCCGCUGACUGACCGAAUCUACCUCACUCUCACCCAGGCUCUUUCCAUGUAUCUGGGUGGGGCGCCCGCCGGCCCAGCGGGCACGGGGAAAACAGAGUCCACUAAAGACCUGGCCAAGGCCCUGGGUCUGCUGUGUGUGGUCACUAACUGUGGAGAGGGCAUGGACUACAUGGCCGUAGGGAAAAUCUUUUCAGGGCUCGCUCAGUGUGGAGCCUGGGGGUGCUUUGAUGAGUUCAAUCGCAUAGACGCCUCCGUGCUGUCUGUCAUCUCCUCUCAGAUCCACACCAUCCGUAACGCUCUCAUCCUGCAUCUCCAGAGGUUCCAUUUUGAAGGUCAGGAAAUCAGCCUGGAUAGCCGUAUGGGCAUCUUCAUCACCAUGAAUCCCGGCUAUGCUGGGCGGACCGAGCUGCCGGAGUCGGUGAAGGCUCUGUUCCGACCCGUGGUGGUCAUCGUCCCCGACCUGCAGCAGAUCUGUGAGAUCAUGCUCUUCUCUGAGGGCUUCCUCAUGGCGAAAGCUCUGGCAAAGAAGAUGACAGUCUUGUAUAAAUUAGCCCGUGAACAACUGUCCAAACAGUCUCACUAUGAUUUUGGACUGCGGGCGCUAAAAUCUGUUUUGGUCAUGGCAGGAGAGCUGAAGAGAGGUUCACCUGAUCUCAAUGAGGAUGUGGUUCUGAUGCGAGCUCUGAGGGACAUGAACUUGCCUAAGUUUGUGUUUGAGGACGUGCCUCUGUUUCUGGGACUGAUCUCAGACCUGUUCCCUGGCCUGGACUGUCCCCGUGUACGCUACCCUAGCUUUAACGAUGCUGUGGAGCAAAUCCUGCAGGAAAACAAAUACGUUAUGCUCCCAAACCAGGUGGACAAGGUGGUGCAGAUGUAUGAAACCAUGAUGACCAGACACACCACCAUGGUGGUGGGACCUACAGGAGGGGGCAAGUCUGUGGUCAUCAACACACUGUGCCAGUCCCAGACCAGGUUGGGGCUUGUGACUAAAUUGUACACCCUGAACCCAAAGGCCAUGAGCGUGAUUGAGCUCUACGGCAUCCUGGACCCCGUGACCCGAGACUGGACGGACGGGAUACUGUCCAACAUAUUUCGCGACAUCAACAAACCCACAGACAAAAAAGAGAGAAGAUACAUUCUCUUUGAUGGUGAUGUGGACGCUCUGUGGGUGGAGAACAUGAACUCAGUGAUGGAUGAUAACAAACUCUUGACACUGGCCAAUGGGGAGAGAAUCCGUCUGCAGGCGCACUGCGCGCUGCUCUUUGAGGUUGGGGACUUGCAGUAUGCCUCACCUGCCACUGUCUCUCGCUGUGGAAUGGUGUUUGUUGACCCCAAAAAUCUCCGCUAUGAACCCUUCUGGCAAAAGUGGGUCAACAGCAGACCUCCAAAAGAGCAAUCUGAUCUUAGGAACCUGUUUGAGAAGUAUGUGCCCAAGGCUAUAGAUAUGAUAGUGGAUGGUGUGGUGGAUGGUCGUCAAGGAGACAAGCUGAAGACUAUUGUUCCACAGACAGAUUUAAACAUGGUGGUGCAGUUGUCCAUGAUGCUGGAUGCUCUAUUGGAGGGAGAAGGGUUAAAUACCCAGGAGCUGGAGUGUGUGUUUCUGGAGGCCCUCUACUGCUCGUUGGGCGCCACCCUUUUAGACAAAGGCCGACAGAAAUUUGAUGACUUGAUUAAGAAGCUGUCCUGCCUAACAACUGCUCAUGAUGAGAAAACUCUCGCCGGCCCCGGUGAAAUCCCAGGCUACUUGCCAACUCUUUAUGACUUUCACUUUGAUGGGACUACAAAGAAAUGGGUUCCCUGGAGCUCUCUGGUCACCAAAUAUAUCCACAGUCCGGAAGUGAAAUUUAUCGACAUUCUCGUCCCCACAGUGGACACCACUCGUGCUACUUGGCUCCUGGAGCAGAUGGUGAAGGUGAAGAGGCCAGUGGUGCUGGUGGGAGAAUCUGGGACAUCCAAGACUGCCACCACUCAAAACUUCUUAAACAAUCUCAACACGGACAAAACCACGAUCCUGACCAUCAAUUUCUCGUCGAGAACAACAUCUAUGGAUCUUCAAAGGAACCUGGAGGCCAGCGUUGAGAAAAGGACCAAGGAGACAUAUGGUCCCCCAAUGGGCAAGAGACUGCUUGUGUUUAUGGAUGACCUCAACAUGCCACGUGUGGAUGAAUACGGCACUCAGCAGCCCAUUGCUCUCCUGAAGCUGCUCUUGGAUCGCGGGGGCAUGUACGACAGGGGGAAGGAGCUGAACUACAAAAUUCUCAAGGACCUGGGCUUCAUCGCUGCCAUGGGGAAAGCAGGAGGAGGGAGAAAUGAGGUUGAUCCUCGUUUCAUUUCCCUGUUUAGCGUCUUCAACAUCCCCUUCCCAGAGGAGGACGCUCUGCACCUCAUCUACUCCUCCAUCCUCAAAGGCCAUACAAGGCCAUUUGAGGAGUGUAUACAAAAAAUCUGCGAUAAGCUGACCUUUUGCACUUUGGAGUUGUACAAAACCAUAAUUAAGGACCUGCCCCCAACCCCCUCCAAAUUUCACUACAUCUUCAAUCUUCGGGACCUCUCCAGGGUCUAUAACGGCCUAACUCUUACCAACGCUGAAAGAUUCCUCACAGUGGCCCAGUUCGUCCGUGUGUGGAGGAACGAAUGCCUAAGGGUUUUUCAUGACAGGCUCAUUAAUGAGACUGACAAAACACUGGUACAAGGCCAUGUUAAGAGUCUGAUAGCAGAGCAUUUCCCUUCAGAGUUGGAGUCGGCCAUGAGAGACCCCGUCCUGUUUGGAGAUUACAGAACGGCCCUCAAUGAGUCUGAGCCCAGAGUCUAUGAGGACAUCCAAGACUAUGAUGCCUCCAAAGCCCUGUUCCAGGAGAUCCUGGAGGAGUACAACGAGAACAAGACGCGUAUGAAUCUGGUGCUUUUCGACGACGCGUUGGAGCAUCUGACUCGAGUUCACCGCAUCAUACGGAUGGACCGCGGGCAUGCCCUGCUGGUGGGAGUGGGAGGGUCUGGCAAACAGUCCCUCACCAGACUGGCUGCCUUCACUGCAGAAUGUGAGGUGUUUGAGAUCGUGCUGAGUAGAGGGUACUCGGAGACAAAUUUCCGUGAGGACCUGAAAAUGCUGUACCUGAAGCUGGGGAUUGAGAAUAAGAAAAUGGUUUUCCUGUUUACCGAUGCCCACGUGGCCGAGGAAGGCUUUCUGGAGCUCAUCAAUAACAUGCUCACCUCAGGCAUGGUGCCGGCGCUGUUUCCAGACGAUGAGAAGGAGUCGAUUCUGAAUCAGCUCCGCGAUGAGGCCAUGAAGAUGGGUUCUGGCCCGUCCAAAGAGAGCGUGUGGCAGUUCUUUGUCAACAAGAGCGCCAACAACCUGCACAUUGUGCUUGGCAUGUCCCCGGUCGGAGACACUCUCAGAACACGCUGCAGGAACUUUCCAGGAUUGGUGAAUAACACGGGUAUUGACUGGUUCUUACCUUGGCCUCCUCAAGCCCUUCAUGCAGUUGCCCAGUCCUUCCUAGGAGAGAACCAGAUGAUCCCAGAGUCCCAUGCAGAAGCAGUGAUUAACCAUGUGUGUAUGGUCCAUGGCUCUGUGGGAGAGUACAGCAAGCUCUUCUUACAGAAGCUGCGUCGGAGCAACUACGUCACCCCAAAAAACUACCUGGACUUCAUCAGCACCUACUCCAGCCUGCUGGAGGACAAAGACAAGUACAUCCUGGCUCAGUGUAAGCGUUUGGAGGGUGGUUUGGAUAAGCUGGAAGAAGCCAGCGUGCAGUUGGCAGAGCUGAACCUAAAGCUUGCUGAACAGAAAGUAGUGUUGGCAGAGAAGUCUGCAGCCUGUGAGAUUCUCCUGCAGGAGAUCUCCACUAACACAGCUGUGGCGGAGGAGAAGAAAACCCUGGCGGAGGAUAAGGCCAAGGAGAUAGAGGAGCAGAAUAAGGUGAUUGCUGUGGAGAAGAAAGAUGCUGAGAGCUCUCUGGCAGAGGCUCUGCCCGCACUGGAAGCGGCUCGAAUGGCUCUGCAGGACCUGGACAAAUCUGACGUCACAGAGAUCAGGUCCUUUGCCAAGCCGCCCAAACAGGUGCAGGUGGUGUGUGAGUGUAUCCUAGUCAUGAGAGGCUACAAAGAGAUCAGCUGGAAAUCGGCAAAGGGGAUGAUGUCAGAGGCGAACUUCCUCCGCUCGCUCAUGGAGAUGGACUGUGAUUCUAUCAAUGCCAGCCAGGUCAAGACAGUGCGGGGCUUCUUGAAGAACCUGAACACGAGUUUUGAGGAGAUGCAAGCGAUCAGUAAGGCUGGCUCUGGGAUGCUGAAGUUUGUUGAGGCAGUCAUGGGUUACUGCGAUGUGGCCAGAGAGAUCAAACCAAAGAGAGAAAAGGUGGCACGGCUGGAGAGGAACUUCUUCCAGAGCAAGAGGGAGCUAGAAAGGAUCCAGAACGAACUGGGCACCAUCCAGAAGGAGCUGGCCGCGCUGGGGGACAAAUACGGUGCUGCCAUGUCGGAGAAGCAGCUGCUGCAGGAGGAGGCUGAAAUCAUGGAGAGAAGGCUGAUCGCAGCCGAUAAACUCAUCUCUGGUCUGGGCUCCGAGAACCAACGUUGGACUGAUGACCUGGAGGAGCUGAAACAGAGACGCAUCCGACUCCUCGGAGACUGUCUGAUCUGUGCGGCUUUCCUGAGCUACGAGGGAGCCUUCAGCUGGGACUUCCGUAAUGAGAUGGUGUACGAGGUCUGGCAGAAAGACGUGCUGGAGAGAGGCAUCCCCCUGAGCCAGCCCUUCCGCAUAGAGAGCCUGCUUACCGACGAGGUCGAGAUCAGCAAGUGGGGUUCGGAGGGAUUGCCUCCUGAUGAGCUGUCAGUGCAGAAUGGCAUGCUGACCACCAGAGCCAGCCGUUUCCCCAUGUGCAUCGACCCGCAACAGCAGGCCCUCAACUGGAUCAAAAAGAAAGAGGAGAAGAGCAACCUGAAGAUCUCCUCAUUCAAUGACCCAGACUUCUUAAAGCAGCUGGAAAUGGCCAUCAAGUACGGCUUCCCCUUUCUGUUCCAAGACGUGGAUGAGUACAUAGACCCGGUCAUCGACAACGUCUUGGAAAAGAACGUCAAAGGGGCAGAGGGUCGGCAGGUCAUUGUGCUCGGCGACAAGGAGAUCGAUUAUGACCCCAACUUCAAACUCUAUCUCAACACCAAGUUAGCCAACCCCAAAUACUCCCCUGCCGUGUUUGGCAAGGCCAUGGUCAUUAAUUACACUGUGACACUGAAAGGACUGGAGGACCAGCUGCUGAGUGUGCUGGUGGGUUUUGAGCGUAAGGAAUUGGAGGAGCAGAGAGAGAGGCUCAUUCAGGAGACAAGCGAGAACAAGCGUCUGCUGAAGGACCUGGAGGACUCGCUCCUGCGGGAGCUCACCACCUCCACCGGAAACAUGCUGGAUAACGUCGAGCUGGUUCACACGCUGGAGGAGACCAAGUCCAAAGCCAGCGAGGUGUUUGAGAAGUUGAAGCUCGCGGAGAAGACGUCAGUAGACAUCGAUAAAUUGCGUGACGGCUAUCGACCAGCGGCUAAGCGUGGAGCCAUCCUUUUCUUUGUCCUGGCAGAGAUGGCUCAGGUCAACAGCAUGUACCAGUAUUCCCUAGCCUCAUUCCUGGAUGUGUUUGACUUCUCUCUCCGCAAAUCCCUGCCUGACUCCAUUCUUCCCAAGAGGCUCAAGAAUAUCAUGGACACUCUUACUCACAAUGUUUAUAACUACGGCUGCACCGGUCUGUUUGAAAGACACAAACUCCUUUUCUCCUUCAACAUGACCAUUAAGAUUGAGCAGGCAGAGGGGCGGGCUCCCCAGGAUGAGCUGGAGUUCUUCCUCAAAGGGAACCUGUCCCUGGAGAAGAGUAAGCGUAAGAAGCCUUGCGCGUGGCUGCCCGAUCAGGGUUGGGAGGACAUAGUGCGUCUCGCCGAGCUCUUCCCUGAACAGUUUGGUACACUGAUAGACGACAUAGAGAAGAACCCCAGUGAAUGGAAAUCAUGGUAUGAUUUGGAUGGACCAGAACAAGUGGCCUUCCCUAUGAAGUACAAGGAUUGCCUUACGUCCUUCCAGAAGCUUCUACUGCUGCGCUGCUUCCGGCUGGACAGAGUGUAUCGCGCCGUGAGUGACUAUGUCACCAUCACUAUGGGAGAAAAGUACGUCCAGCCCCCGGUGAUUAGCUUUGAGGCUAUCUUUGAGCAGAGCACACCAAAUUCACCCAUCGUCUUCAUCCUGAGCCCUGGCUCUGAGCCGGCCAGCGACCUUAUGAAGCUGGCUGAACGCACAGGGUUUGGAGGCAACAGACUCAAGUUCCUCGCCAUGGGCCAAGGCCAAGAGAAGGUGGCUCUACAGCUGUUGGAGACGGCGGUGUCCAGGGGUCAGUGGCUGAUGCUGCAGAAUUGUCAUUUGCUGGUGAAGUGGUUAAAGGAACUGGAGAAAUCCCUGGAGAGGAUCACCAAACCUCACCCAGAUUUCCGUCUGUGGCUCACCACUGACCCAAUCAAAGAUUUCCCCAUUGGCAUCCUGCAGAAAUCUCUCAAGGUGGUUACUGAGCCUCCUAAUGGACUCAAACUAAACAUGAGGGCGACUUACUUUAAAAUCUCCUACAACACACUGAUGAACUGCCCUCACCUAGCCUUCCGCAGUCUCGUCUACGUUCUCGCCUUCUUUCACGCCGUCGUGCAGGAGCGACGCAAGUACGGCAAGAUCGGCUGGAACGUCCCCUAUGACUUCAACGAGUCCGACUUCUUGGUGUGCCUGGAGAUUCUGGAUACCUACCUGACCAAAGCUCACAGUCAGGGUGAUGCAAAGAUCCCUUGGGGCAGUUUGAAGUACCUUAUUGGAGAGGUGAUGUAUGGUGGCAGAGCCAUCGACAGCUUUGAUCGCAGAAUCCUCACCGUUUACAUGGACGAAUACCUAGGAGAUUUCAUCUUUGACACGUUCCAGCCCUUUCAUUUCUUCCACAAUAAGGACGUUGACUACAAAAUCCCACCGGAUGGACCCAAAGAAAAUUAUGUUGGAGAGAUUGAGAGCUUGCCUCUCGCUAACACUCCAGAGGUAUUUGGCUUGCACCCCAAUGCUGAAAUUGGUUAUUACACACAAGCUGCACGGGACAUGUGGACUCACCUCAUAGAGCUGCAACCACAGACAGGGGAGUCUGGUGGAGGCAUCAGCAGGGACGAGUACAUCACUCAGGUGGCACGGGACAUUCAGAACAAACUGCCCAAAGUCUUUGACCUGGACGUGAUCCGUAAGAAGUUUGGUCUGGAGAUCUCCCCGACGUCGGUGGUCCUGCUGCAGGAACUGGAGCGCUUCAACAAACUCAUCCUCAGAAUGAUCAGGUCCCUCGCCGAGCUACAGAGGGCGCUGGCUGGUGAGGUGGGGAUGAGCAGUGAGCUGGAUGAGGUGGCCAGAAGCCUGUUUAAUGGGCAGAUUCCUUCCAUCUGGAGGAAGCUGGCUCCAGACACGCUCAAGUCUCUGGGCAACUGGAUGAUCCAUUUCAAGAUGCGUUACGAUCAGUACAACUCAUGGGUGGAUAAUGGAGAGCCAACAGUGAUUUGGUUGUCAGGGUUACACAUCCCAGAAUCAUACCUGACUGCAUUAGUACAGGCUACAUGCAGGAAAAACGGCUGGCCAUUGGAUCGAUCCACCCUCUACACGCAAGUCACACAGUACAGUACUGAGGACCAGGUUAAGUCAUCACCUGGACAGGGCUGCUUUGUGUCAGGUCUGUAUCUGGAGGGAGCAGACUGGGACAUUGAGCAGGGCUGUCUGGUGCGCAGUAAACCCAAAGAGCUGGUGGUGCAGCUGCCCAUCCUUAAAGUCAUUCCUAUCGAAGCUCAUCGUCUCAAACUACAGAACACGCUGCGCACACCAGUGUACACCACAUCCAUGCGGAGAAACGCAAUGGGCGUAGGGCUGGUCUUUGAAGCUGACCUCUUCACCACGAAACACAUCUCUCACUGGGUACUGCAGGGUGUUUGUCUGUGCCUCAACGCUGAUUAA